AUGGAUCCUCUUGGAGUGACAGCACCAAUUGUGGAUGCCCUUUCUCUUCCAAGAUGGAGUACAACUCCAGUUCCGUCUUACGAAAUCAUGUCACAGCCGUCAAAUAGCAGGAGGACCGAAAAUCCAUUCCCUGUUCGACAAGACCUAAACAGUAAAGUAGCGCUUUGGUGAGAGCUUAUGUUCGUUGUCUUAGAUAAAUAUGGGUAGCUUAUAUGGUACGCUGUGUUUUUAUGCUAAUUUUGCACACAGGUAAACUUCCCACAGCGAGAUCUAAUAACUUUAUAGCUCACUUUGUUUCUUAGUGAACCAUUAGUUUUCUUUAGUUUAGUAUUGGUUUUAUAAAUUUACCGGGUAAUCAGAGUAAUUCAAUAGAGAAAGUUAUUUCUAUCAUUUUGACAGCUAUUGCACAUGUACAGUAUAUUAAAUGGUAUAAGCCCUUGAUUUUACAAUUACUCGAGGUUGCAUAGCACGGAGAGUCGUAAUGUGUAAGCUGUUUUCUUUUCUUCUUAAUUAUUAAACGAGGGGAGUCAUGGUCCCAGGUGUUCUUAGCUGAGACCGUGGAAACUGGGGAUAAGAAUCGUGACGACUUUCAUGUUACGCAAAUGCAACGUGUGAUGAGCAUGNUUGUGGAUUUCCGCUGACUAAUGCGUUCGCAGCUACGUCUUCUGCAUUUUCGCAAGUUCUUCAAGUUCUUGUAUUUCGAUUAUUUAUCUCUUUCGAAAUACGACAGAAACUUAGUCCGAGCUUGCUUUUUGCAAGUUUCUAAGCUAAUGAUUUCAAGCUAGAGAGUUAGACAAAGAUAUGGAUCCUCUUGGAGUGACAGCACCAAUUGUGGAUGCCCUUUCUCUUCCAAGAUGGAGUACAACUCCAGUUCCGUCUUACGAAAUCAUGUCACAGCCGUCAAAUAGCAGGAGGACCGAAAAUCCAUUCCCUGUUCGACAAUACCUAAACAGUAAAGUAGCGCUUUGGUGAGAGCUUAUGUUCGUUGUCUUAGAUAAAUAUGGGUAGCUUAUAUGGUACGCUGUGUUUUUAUGCUAAUUUUGCACACAGGUAAACUUCCCACAGCGAGAUCUAAUAACUUUAUAGCUCACUUUGUUUCUUAGUGAACCAUUAGUUUUCUUUAGUUUAGUAUUGGUUUUAUAAAUUUACCGGGUAAUCAGAGUAAUUCAAUAGAGAAAGUUAUUUCUAUCAUUUUGACAGCUAUUGCACAUGUACAGUAUAUUAAAUGGUAUAAGCCCUUGAUUUUACAAUUACUCGAGGUUGCAUAGCACGGAGAGUCGUAAUGUGUAAGCUGUUUUCUUUUCUUCUUAAUUAUUAAACGAGGGGAGUCAUGGUCCCAGGUGUUCUUAGCUGAGACCGUGGAAACUGGGGAUAAGAAUCGUGACGACUUUCAUGUUACGCAAAUGCAACGUGUGAUGAGCAUGUGGUUUAUUUUCAGGGAUAAUUGAAGUUACCUGCCUAGUUGAACAUGUUUUGGCUUUUUGGCAAUGAUGAAAUUUUCCCCGAAUCAAGGCCCUUGAUUUUCAUGUCUUCAUAUACGCGUAUUAAAAAGUAAAUAUUCUGGAGAAUACUUGACCAAAAUCCAGUUUCGCGGUGUAUUGAGGCGUUACCUUUCUCAGAAUAUUGACACAAUCACUGGAAUACUGUGGUGAAAUAGAUUCGAUAUUGCAGAUUCAACUGUAACCUGAGAUCAGGCCCAAUUUGAGCGGUUCUCAUACAUUCUCUUAACGGCUACCGCUGAAAUUGGGCCUGAUCCAAACUCAUUCACGUUUGUGCUCGUUAGGGCCAGAUUUUGGCCGUAAUGCUGAUUGGCUGUUAGAACAAUGCCACAAGAUCUGAUUGGCUGUCGGAAACACUGGAAGUUGAAAGCGCUUAUUCCUCGCGUGGUUGUUUUCGUGAAUGAUCCGUCGUUGGCGGAGAGAAGGAUCAAUUUUGCUGUCUUUUUUAUUGUUUUAUGGUCUCAUGGUAGGAAAAUUUUUUAUGCCUGAAUAUGUGCCAUAGAAAUUCAAAAAAUUCAUAUGGUUGUUCAUAUCUUCUCAGGAUUUGCUUUAUUUACGGAAAGUGAGUGUAUCGCGGAGUUGAAUCCCUCUGCAAGUUGUUGACCGCUAACAAGUUGCCUUUUGAUUUACCAACAAAUGGGUGCAAAUCAAAAUAAUGUCCAUCUUAAAGCUGGUUUCAUUUGAAAGUUUAGCCGGGAAUGACUUCUCUGAACGGGGUACGCAAGCGGAGGCUCACUGCAAAAGAAACCUCAAUCGCCAACUGUGAAGUAUUAGACGAAAAAUAUCGCAUCGCUGUUCAAGGAAUUUUCAGUGUUAACAGACUGGUUGUAUACCUUCGCUUUUUGUAAAAAAUAAACCAGGAAAACUGGUGUCCUCGCUCGUUGGCUGUUUGCUUUUGUUUUUAAAGAUUUAUGUACCGAAAAUUGGGGGAAAUUGCAGAGGAAAAUAUUAAGGCAAAGGAAAAAUGGAAAUUCAGUAUUUUAAAUGCGAGCAAAUAAUAAAACUAGAAGAGCAUUGUGUCGCCAUCUUUUCGAAAACUUUUUACCUUCUACGCCAACAGAAAUAACCUUCAAGAUCUCCCUUAAUCUUGCAAGGAGUUAAAUCUGAUUGUGCUGACUGUUUUAUUUUUAGCUGAAAAAAUUAACAGAUAAAAGCUAUUUUUUAAGUCAGCCAGUCUGCAUUUUUCCCACGCGUGAAAAAUUUGCAUACUAGAAAAACAAGCAACAGAAGUAAUUUUGGUUGGCUGAUUCGGCAAAUGUCAAUCAAUCAAAAAAGUGGGUGGCAGGCGUUUCGUAGAAGGUUUGUAUCAGGCUCUCUUUUCGUUUCACCGUGCCCGCCAGAAUGUUAUUAAAAAGCGAAACGAAAAUAGAGCCUGAUCUCAGGUUAAUUCAACUGGCGCACGCUGCUGAAGCCAAUAAUUUCCCGCCAAUCACACAGUUACACAUAAACCCUUGCUGUUGGCUAUAAGUGCGACACAUGUGACAUUCCACUUAUAAAGUGCAUCUGCACAGGUGCUCAGCUUUGAGAUAUUACCUUGUUUGGAGCAUGACUAAAUUUAAAAGUACAGUAAGUUGGAAGAUUUUAUGCACAACCACCCUUGAGCUGCAGUAUCAAGAUCUUAACACUGUUAAGUGGUCUGCAUGUUUUUAAUAACACAUGUUUGGUAUUUCCAGGUCGGGUGAUAUAACUAAACUAAACACCAUAACGAUAGUAAAUACAACAAAUGAAUCCCUCAGUAGCAAAGGCAUAUUGAGUGAAAGGAUCCACAGAGCUGCUGGUCCAGAGUUGUUACAUGAGUGU